GUUAGUAGUGGUUAGUACAGCCUCUACCGAGAAGUCGGUAAAUCGCGACAUUUAGGAACAAUCGACCAGUGAGCAAAAAAAUCCAGCUGUCAAUUGACAGGGAGAAAUUAACAGUGUCGGAGCUUGAAAUUAAAAUUAAAAUUGAAAUUGAAAUUGAAGAUUGUUCAAGAAUUAAGAUUAAGAUUAGUUGGAAUUAGUAAUUAAGUCAUUAUGUCAUCUUCGGGGUUGCAAAGACGUCGUGGUGGGAAUAAAUCCAGUAAUAAUAAUAAUAAUAAUAAUCAAUCAAAUUCAGGACAAUCAGAAUCAUAUGGUGAAGAUAAUGAUGAUUUUACAACAAAAACUAGUUCUGAUCAUAAAAUUGGAUAUGAUUCAAGAGAUAUAGAAGAUCGGAAAGCAUUAAAUUUACCACUUUUAACAUUAAUGGAAGAAGUAUUAUUAAUUGGAAUUAAAGAUAAAGAAGGAUAUUUAUCAUUCUGGAAUGAUAAUAUUUCUUAUGCUUUAAGAGGUUGUAUUUUACUUGAAUUAGCAUUUCGUAAUAAAAUUACAUUAGUUAAUGAUCCAGCUCGAAGAAGAUUUGAAUUAAGUGAUAGAUUAGUUGAAGUUAUAGAUUCAGAACCAACUGGUGAAGUUUUAUUAGAUGAAGCUUUAAAAAUUAUGAAAAAUGAUGAAUCAAAUUUAUCAGUAACAAAUUGGAUUGAUUUAUUAAGUGGAGAAACUUGGAAUUUAAUGAAAAUAAAUUAUCAAUUAAAACAAGUAAGAGAAAGAUUAGCAAAAGGUUUAGUAGAUAAAGGAAUAUUAAGAACUGAAAGAAAAAAUUUCUUCCUUUUCGAUAUGGCAACUCAUCCAGUAGCUGAUAAAUUAUCAAAAGAAUAUCUUAAAAAUAGAAUCUUAACUUUAUUAACUCUGAGAACAAUAGAUUUAGAUACUGUAUCAAAUGAUCAAUUUGGUAAAGAAGUUUCAUUUAGAUAUUUAAGAACAAUUGGUUUGGUUUGUGGAGCUUAUGCUGCAAAUGUAUUAGAAAAUGUAUUAUUAUCAUUAAAUUAUGAUAAAAGAGAUCAAGCCUUUGCAAGAGCUGAUGAAUUACUUAAUGAUUAUAGUGAAUUUCCUUUUAAUUUAUCUAAUCAAAGUCCUUUGGGUAUAGGAUUAAAUUUAGGUCAAGAAGUUACUCAAGAAAUUGAAAAAAAUUCUAGUGGUGAAUUACAAUUAGAAUUAAUAGCUGCUGUUUUAAGUGUAUUUGCAAGAAUGGAUUCUAUCUUAUAAUAAUCUUUUUUUUUUCACAAUUAAAUGCAUGUACUUUAGUCGGAAUUAAACUUUUAUCUAUAGCUCAUCUUUUUGUCUUUACUUUACUAUAUAUUCCUUCCUUUCUUACUUACUUUCUUC